AUGAAGCGGUCAGAUUUCCCCAAUCUCACCUCCGACGAGAUAGUAUUUGAUUCCGAUGGAGAUUUCUCCCGAUUUGUGAUAUUUUUUGUGGAGAUCGGGUACAAAUAUGGUGAAACUAGAUAUGGGAGGCGGUUCAUAGAAGAAGAGGAUGUGAAUCGGAUUCGUAGAAAGUGGAGAAACAUUAUUCUGGCGGUUGUCCGGCGGAUGGACGGUGGUCCAACAUCUGAUUCUGGUUCAUCUUCAACUGAUUCUGAUAAGGAUAGUUCAUUUAAAGAUGGAUUGGAUGCAUAUAUAGAUGCAGGUCAUUCACAGCAGGUCAUUCACCUACAAGUUGAAUGCCAUAGAUUAAGGUUUGGAAGAAAUUGUGGUGAAUAUUGUGAAGGGGUUUGA